AUGCACGUGAGGAGGCUAGGGUCAAUGCAGUCAGGCCUCACAGCAAGACAAGCAGAGACGGAGAGCCGCGAAGUCACAGGCCCUCGAUCUGGCCAGCCAGGCGUAACCUGUCUUGUCGAGGCCCACCAGCUCCUGGCAGCACACGCGCUCCGCUCUAUACAAACCACAACACCCGUAACCGACGUCCUCGACCUCACUGACACUGCGCCCACCCGCCCACGCUCGAAGCCCCUCUGGCACCUCUGCCAACUCGCCUGUUUCGAGGCCCGCCCGCACUCGCGCAAUCCUUGGCUCUCUCUUCACUGGGAGCCGCCUCUCAGGUACCGCGUCUCUGUGAUUCGAGAGCACCGUGUGCGCCUUGUGCGCUGCCGACGGCAGGCUUUCUUCCUUCUUCACCACUACCGGUACGCCCAACCUGGACCCGCCAGUUCGUCUGCACCGCGCGCCGCCUCAACACCACCUUCUCCAACACCAACACCGACACCACCACCACCACCACACCGCAGCCCGCGGCCGCUACUCCCCUAUUUCACUGCUGACGACCCAGACACCACCGCACCAGCAAUCCGCCGCGCAUGA